GGCUGCAGUGUCAGGUUUCAGCCAGCAGGAGCGCUACACGAACGUGUGUCUGCAGGAUCACUGAACGGUAAACAGACCGACUAUUAGUAGUUCAACUAUCAGGAAACGCUGUUGUUGGAUAUUAUUUAAUCAAGAGUAACUGCCAAGGAUGGACAGCUGAUACUUUCUGCUCUGUAUAUACUGAAACUUUCAGCUUCAAGAUGUCCGCUAACAGGGAGCUCAACACAGACGGCGCUGACGACAACGAACUGGUCAGACCAAAGUUAGAGUUUUGUUCUUUGCUCCAUCACGCAGGAGCCACAAAAGAUGUUUUCACCAUGAAGGAGGUGAUGUUCUACCUGGGCCAGUACAUCAUCCAAAAGCAACUGUAUGAUCAGAAGCAGCAGCACAUAGUCCACUGCUCCCAGGAUGCACUGGGGCGGGUGCUGGGAGUCGACAGCUUCUCUGUCAAAGAGCCACGAGUUCUCUUUGCUAUGAUCACUAAGAACCUGGUGGCUGUAAAGAGCCAAGAGUCGUCGCCAUGCUCGAGUCAACCACACAGUAACAGUCAGGCAGAAAGAGGGACGGAGGAGGCAGAUUCAGAAAGUCGCUCUUCAUCGCCGGACAGAAGGAGAAAGGGGAGGAGGAGGAGGAGGAGCCGCCGGAGCAGUGACCCAGGACCUUCCCACAGUGCAGAGGAUGGUGAAGAGGAGGGGGAGUCAGAGGAGGAAGAGGAAGAAGGAGGUAGGAAGAGGAGGAGGUCUGACAGCUACUCUCUGACCUUUGACGACAGCCUGUCCUGGUGUGUGAUUGGUGGACUGGGAAGCGUGCGGGACAGACACAGUAGCCAAUCAUCCGACUCGCAAAGCACGUCUGGGAGGUCAGAGGUCACGGUUGCAGCCUCAGACUCAGAUAGCGACAACUUCAGUGUCGAAUUUGAGGUUGAGUCCGUCGCGUCUGACGAUUACAAUGAAGACGAUGCCUCUCUGUCUGCAGAUGACCAGGUAUAUGAGGUCACCAUCUUUGAGGCAGAGGAUGAAGACUCCUUUGAUGAAGACACAGAGAUCACUGAAGCUGACUACUGGCGGUGUGCGAAGUGUGACGAGUUGAACCCCCCUCUCCCCAGAAACUGUCUCCGCUGCUGGACACUGCGGCAGGAUUGGCUGCCUGACCUGUCCUUCGAUCUAAUGAAAUCCGCCUCCUCCAGUCCGAAAGCCCUGCCCCCUAAGCCAACCGACCAAUCAGCGGCCAAAGAAGCAACCGGUUCUGAUGUUGAAGAGAAUGACGGAGUCGAUGUUCCAGAUGGAAAAACAGCGAAAACUCCUUCCCUCCCGUCGCAGUGCCUCUCAGACUCCACUCUUUCUGCUCCUGACUCCGCCUCCUCUGCUCCCAACUCCCAGGAUCUCCUCUCAUCCUCCCAGCCUUCCUCCUCCUCCCAGCUCAAAGUCUGGACUUCUGAAUCCCAGCCCUCCUCCUCCUCCUCCACUGACUCCCAGGAGCUUCUCCCAUGUACCCCCACUGACCAUCCUCCACCACCUCUUCCUCCUACUGUGGUCCCCGAGCUGGAACGCAGCGUGUCGGCGGAGUGGCGGCUCCCGGACUCAUGCCUGGACCCCUGUCUGAUAUGUCAGUCCCGGCCGAAGAACGGCUGCAUCGUCCACGGACGAACCGGACACCUAAUGUCCUGCUACGUCUGCGCUAGGAAGCUGAAAAAGAGGAACAAGCUGUGUCCGGUCUGCAGGCUGCCAAUCCAGUCUGUCGUCCUCACCUACCUCAGCUGAGACACCCAGUCUGUCCUCACCUACCUCAGCUGAGACACGCAGUCUGUUCUCACCAUGACACCCCUUUAUACAGCAGGUACAUGUAAGACGAACAUGCGUUUAACCCAAAUUGGCCCCAUUAAUUGGAGACAGCUGCCACAGGGUUGUCUCUCGUAAACUAUAAAGAAUUAUAAGGAAUGAUACCAAAUGAAAGUUUAGUUUUAUUAAUCAGCUUCACUUCUUCCCUUCUGUCCACCGGCACAUUUCCGCGUUUUAUGUUUCUCUUAGUCUGUUAUUUUUCGGCAAGCUGGUGCGUCUAGCAUAGUUAAACAUUAGCCCGUCUUUCAAUACUUCCUGUCUGAGGCUCUCAUUUCAAUUUACAGUGAUACAAAACGGGGAAAAGCAGCAAAACAUCAUAUUUGAAAAGCUGCCGCUGCUAAAUAUUUGGCAUUUUGGUUUGAAAAAUUAUUGAAGCAAAACAGGAGCACACAGUGCAUUUGUUGGACUAUUUUCAGCGGCGGAUGAAUCCACAUUUGGUGAGCGAGUAAUUGGGGCAGCAGGAAGGUAUAUGUGGGAUUCUGGCACAGAAAGAAGAAAGAUCAGGCUGUGAUACACACACACACACACACACCGGAGUUAUUAGGAGAUACAUUCACUUUUGCUUUUGUUCAUGGGGAUUUAUUGAUAAGUAGUAACAUGUAGAAUAUCACCUUUGACACUUAAACCUCAAUGUCAUUAAAUUAUUUCUUUUCACCUUCAGCUGAAUUUGCUCACAUCAAAAAAAAGGACACUCCGAACCCUUCCUGUUUUCCAUCUUUACCCCAAAUCAGAUGGAUAAUAUCAGUUUCAUCUCUGUGUCCAGUACAAGAGAUUCUCAGCAUGACAACAACUGGAGCAGGAGGAAACUGCUAGCCUUUGUAACAACGGAUUCACGCCUUCUAAUCUGAAUUUGGGUAAAAAACAAAAUGUCGGAUUGUUCCUUUACAUCUUGUCCCAUCAUCCAGGUAACGCUGUCUGUGGUAAGAUUUUAUUUUAUGGGUCUAUAAUUUCAUUCAUAUUUCUUGGAAAGAAUUCUAUAAUUUGAUUCUAAUUAUAAGGAAAAAUAGGAGUUUCCUUUUAAAGAAAUGUUCUGUUUAAACUAAAGUAAAUGUUCAUAAUGUUCAGUUCUGACUGAAAGACUUUUACUUUAGCAAUUCAUUUGAAUGAAUUAUUAAUAAGCACACCAAGUGAACAGCAUUUUCCCUGUAAUGAGUAACAAAUUAAACUGUUCUUUCGAGGAGAUUUUGUAAAUAAUUAAUUAGGAAAUUAUUCAAAAAUUAUAGACCCAUGAAAUAAAACUUUAACCUUUUUGCUUUUUACAGGUCUGCAAUUUUCUAACCCUUUCAUUGAAGGUUUCCUGGAAAGAAAUUAAGUAAUUUGGUUAAAAAAAAAUAGGAAUAUCCAUUCUCCUAUAUCUGCAUUGAUUCAUUUAUCAGAAACUUUUUUUUGCCAAACACUUUAAUUGAUAUGUUGUUUGUCCUGCUGUGCACAGACUAAAAUAUUGUUCAGGUUAAACAGGUGAUCAAUUACAACUGCUCCAAUUAAAACUGUUUUUUUUCAUGUAAUUAGUAUGAAAUUACAUUGUUCUUUCCAGGGAACUUACAAGGAAAUUAUUAGAAAAUAGCUGCCCAUAAACGGAAGUGUCACUUAACAUGUUUAUUAUUUAUUAAACAUUUAUUUAAGAUCUAUUUUAUUUAAGCAGACACUUUUCUAUCUUUAAAUAAGAUGAAUAUACAAGAUCUCUAAUUUCUGAUGUCUAAGAGUUUUCUGUGAGUUUAAUAAAGUUUAAUGUGUAUCAAACAUGAA